UUUGGGACGCUUGUCUCUUUAUUAUGAGUGGCUUGUUAUCGUCAACCUAUUUGUCCCAUAGAAUACAACAAUGUGCCAUCGAAACGAGAAGAAAACAACAAAGAGAACACAGAAAUGUUCUUGUAUAUUUUACAAAUUUAUUCCUAAAUUGCUUGUUGACGCUCUUACUAACCAUACCAUCCGUCGUGUUGUGUUCUCUCUUGUUGAAUUUUUCACUAGAUAUGGUGGAGUACAUAAGUGUUCUUUGGUGGGUAGACAAAGUUGCAGAUACACUAUCCAUUACGAUGAAUAGCUCGUAUAUAGAACCUUUUCUUUGGGCUCUUGCUCAAGUGCUGGUAGAACACGUCUUUGCUUAUUCGAUUCUCUAUUUGGUACGCAGAAGAAGGACGUUUCUAUUCUCUUCACUACUUCCAUUGAUAUCUCUCAUGGCGGUGCAGUGUCUAUUCGUCCUUGGCUUCGAAACUUCUAGAGGUUAUCUUGCUUUUCAAGACAAAGCAAUAUCCAGGGCUAUAUUCUGGGUGACUAUGUUAACCUUAACACUAGAGUUGCGUAAUGUACCAAGAAAAUACUGUAUUCUAUUUUCCAGAACAAUUUCUCUUUAUCUUGUUAGUUUAGUAGUUGGUUCGGUUGUGUUUAUUUUUCCUUGGAUAGCUUUGUUACAUGCCCUGUUGAUCCAGCUUUGGACGGGAAGCAAUGAACUUGGUGGCACUUUGAACGAGUUGUUUGAUUACCAAGUUCAUGUAUUGUUUACUUGUAUUCCUUGGUUUCUUUUGUUCGCAUACGCAUUCACUAUAGAUUUUCAUUUUGAUACAAAAUAUUUUUGGAAACUUUGGAAGCAACUGGAAAGAAAACAUGAAAAUGGGACACAUGCAGUUAUUUUACUUUUACUUUUUUAUUUGUUGAAACAAUUAUGUAUAUCAUUUGUUUCCAUAGGCAGUCAUAGUACUAAUAGUAAAACACUUGAUAGUCACCAAGAGCAGCUUACUACACCCAUGGAAGUAGGACAGAUAUCAGAGCAGAAUAAUAGUAAUAGAAAGGAAGAACAAAUUGUUACUCCAGUCUUAGAAGCAGUGUCUCCGCGUACUAAAGCUAGCAUUGAGGAAUGGACGGCCAAUUGUUCCGAAGAGGAACGCUUUAAGGUAUUUGAGUACAUGUUCAACAGCAAACGUGAUGAAUUUCAACGUUGUGGCGUGGCCCCUCCCAAAAUCGACCUGCAGUCCUUGUACCAACAAGCAUUAAGGGAAUCGCCAAAAAAGUGGAAUCUCUUAUUAGAUUCGUAUUUAUUGAGGGAAGGGGAAUUAUCAGACGGUGAUGAUUUGGAUCGUUCUUUUUCCAAUGACGUGAAACAAGUUACUGCACGUUUUCAACAAUAUCGCAAUCCAGAUGUAGUUUCAAUAUCAUCAUUAGCACAAGCUAUCCAAGGCACGAGCAAGUCGGAAUAUAUUAAACGUAAUGUGGAUCCUUAAAUGGCGCCAAAAUAAGAAAGAAAAAAUGCUCACG